AUGGCGGAACCCACGCUGUGCUCCUUCCUCACCAAGGUGCUGUGCGCGAACGGCGGCCGCAUGUUACUGCGCGACCUGCGCACGCAUGUGGAGCUGUCGGAGGCGCAGCUGCGCGCGGUCCUGCGAGCCGCCGGGCCCACGCGCUUCCUGCUGCAGGAAGGGCAGAGGCCCGCGAUCCUCCCGCUGCGCUUCGCGGCCGGGCCCGAGGGCGGCGAGGGCGCGGGCGCGUCCUGCAGGGUGGUGGCCGUGUCCGCCGCGCGCCUCUGCGCCCGCUACCAGCGCGCCGCGUGCAGGGCCUGCGACCAGCUGCACCUCUGCCGCCGCCACAUGCUGGGCAAGUGCCCGCAUCGCGACUGCUGGUCCACCUGUACCCUCUCCCACGAUAUCCAUACACCUGGCAAUAUCCAAGUCCUGAAAAACCACGGGCUCUUUGGCCUCAAUGAGGCGCAGCUUCGGAUCCUACUUCUGCAGAACGACCCCAGCCUUUUACCGGAGGUCUGUUUGCUCUAUAAUAAAGGGGAAGCCCUGUCCGGCUACUGCACCUUCAGAGACAAGUGCGACAAGUACCACGUGUGCAGGUCCUUCGUCCGGGGGCAGUGCAGGCUCCAGAAUUGCAGACGGUCCCACCAGCUCGUCCACGCCAAGGCCCUCCAGCUCAUCAGGGACCAGGACCUGAGCCUGCCGAGUAUCAUCAACUUCCAGCUCAUCGCCACCUACAAACACAUGGAGCUGCACGGCACGCUCGACGAUCAAGCUUGUGCUGAGGACCCUGACGAAGAAGGCGCGGGCCUAGCUGAGGCUGCAGAGGCCGGCCCUCCCAUCUCUGUCCCUGCCGCCAAGAAGCCAGGCCCAGCAAAACCCUGA